UUUUCCCCCUCCUCUCUGGUAUAUUUUUGUCUGCUUCUUCAGCAAUGGCUUUAUUCAUUGCUUUAAAAGCAGACUCUCUCCCAGGCUUUGCCAUCAUACUAACUGUUAUUUCUUUUGUAUGGGAAACAAAGAAGAAAUAAGCCACAAAAGGAAAAGUUGGGGGAAAGACUUCUUUCCAAAGAAGGCUUAAUAUAGAACAUCUGUGGCCUGGCAUGGCAUGUAGCAGGUGUCAGAAGUGAACUAAAUUAAGGAAUUGCUGUAACUGGUUAGUUUGAAGUUAAUCAGCAACAAGAAUAAUGUUUGUUAUGCCAUUAAUAAGGUAUAUUCCAAGAGGACUGUAGAAUGCCCAACAGAGAACAAUCAUCAUUGAGUUGCAGAUGAUUCUUCAAACAAAUUCUGGCAAGAAUUUCCAGUGAUGCUCUGAAAACAAAUAAAAAUGAUAUUCAUUCAGUGUCCUUGGAAGGACACAGACAUAUGGGAAAUGGAGCUUUUUGCAAUUCUUAGUUGCUAGAGGGAAAAAAGGCUGCAUACACAAAUUUCAUCCUUGCAAUUCUAGGUGAAGGAGAUGAAGGCCGACACAGAUUCUGAAAUAAUAAGACUUCUGGAGCAGAGAAGCAUUCACGUAUUUGAAAACCACAGUGAACAAUCACUCAACGUCUCCAACUGUAUGACAAUUGUUGUGCCAGAGGAAAUCUUCUUCACCAUUGCUACAGUAGGAAUCCUGGAGAACCUGCUGGUGCUCAUUGCAGUAGGGAGGAAUAAGAAUCUGCAUUCCCCCAUGUACAUUUUCAUUUGCAGCUUAGCUGUUUCAGACAUGUUAGGAAGCUUGUCCAAGACGCUGGAAAAUAUCUUCUAUAUCAUAUUUUGCAAAAUGAGACCCCUUCCAUGUCAUGGAAAGAUGGAAACAAUUCUGGAUGAUAUUAUAGAUUUCAUGUUUAUUUUAUCUCUACUGGGAUCGAUUUUCAGCCUUUCAGCCAUUGCCGCUGACCGAUAUAUAACUAUAUUCUAUGCGCUGCGUUAUCAUAACAUCAUGACUCAAAAGCGGGCUUUACUGAUUUUGUUGGUGAUUUGGGCUUUCUGUGCAGGGAGCGGCAUAGUAGUGGUGAUUUUCUCCCACGAGACCCCCACUAUUGUAUCUUUCUCGGCUCUGUUUACUUUCAUGCUCAUUUUUAUUCUCUGCCUUUACAUCCAUAUGUUUCUGCUUGCCCGUUCCCAUGCCAUAAAGAUUGCCUUGAUGCCUGCAACUUCUGUCCAACAGAGAGCUAACAUGAAAGGAACCAUUACGUUAACAGUGUUACUUGGUGUUUUUCUCUGCUGCUGGGCUCCCUUUGUUCUUCACAUGCUUCUGGUACGGUUUUGCCCCGAAAACCCUUACUGCAUUUGCUAUUUGUCCAUCUUCCAUGUCAAUGGUAUAUUAAUCAUGUUCAAUUCUGUCAUUGAUCCCAUGAUUUAUGCAUUUCGAAGUCCAGAACUGAGAAGUACUUUUAAAAGAUUGUUCUGCUGAUGGCAGCCAAGCUGGACUUAGCUACUAGAAAUUCAAAACUCCAGUGAGUUUUAUCAUUUUACCAAUUUAUCAUAUAGGAUCUCAAGGAUUCUAAAGUAGGGUUCUCCAACCUUGGCAACUUUAAGACUUGGGAACUUCAACUCCCAGCUUGGCUGGGGAAUUCUGAGAGUUGAAGUGCCCAAGUCUUAAAGUUGCCAUGGUUGGAAAACCCUAUUCUAAAGGAUCUAAACAUGUCGAUUAUCAGUGCUGCUCCACCAAGCUUAAUAUCUGUAAUUAGACCACCAUCAGAUAUAGGCCUCACUCAGAACUUUGUACAUAGAUAAUGACUUUCAUUAGAAUUUGGGAAUUGUAUUACCAGGCUGCUGUAUUAAUGUGGAUGAAAGAAUGGAUUGUAUUGAGGAAUACAAGAUUAUUGACAUUGGAAGGGCAUGAUUUACAAUUGGGUUGUCAUGCUUUUUUGUGGUAUGGGGAAAAAUAAGAUACAUGGAUACUUUCAAAGACAUUACAUAAGGAAUGCAUUAAUAUUAAUAUGGGAGAAAAUUAAAGAACAGCAUUAUUUGAGGAUACCAGUUUGGCUUUCAACAAUGGAAGCAUUGAUUCACCCAAAUGUUAUUAAUGUGGGAAAUAUUGUUAGAUAUAAAGAUAUUUUGAAUGAAAAGGGGGAACUGAAGACUAAAGAAAUGAGUGAGCAAGGGAUCGAUAUAACGUGGUAUUCACAAGUGCAGAUACAUUCUAGAUACGAGAAAGGUGCCAAAUUACAUGGUUUCUAUAAAGAAUUAACAGAAUUAGAUAAAAUACUAACAGGAACAGAAGAAAGAUUACUAAAGAAAUUUUAUAGCUACUUACUGAGUAUAAAGUUGGAAGAGGAACAAGUAAAGGAGACAAUGAUAGCAUGGGCAAAAAAUUUUGGUUACACAAUACAAUUAGAUAAGUGGCAGAAACUGUGGGAUAGGAAUUAUAAAUUAACGAUGUUGACUGCAUAUAAAGAGAACUUGUAUAAGAUGUUUUAUAGAUGGCACCUUGCACUGGCGAGGUUGGCAAAGAUGUUUAAAGAUAAGUCAGCUAAAUGUUGGAAGUGCCACCAGAUAUCUGGAUCUUACUAUCAUAUGUGGUGGACAUGUGUAGAAGCCAAAAAAUAUUGGACAAAAAUAAAGACAUGGUUGGGAAAGAUGAUAAAACAACACAUUGAGCUAAAGCCAGAAAUAUUUUUGCUGGGGAUUUUAUCCGAAAGUUAUAAUAAAGAGAAUACUUAUUUAUUUAUCCAUGUUUUAACUUCAGCUAGAAUUGUAUUUGCACAACUUUGUAAAAGAGAAGAGAUUCCUAUUGAUGAGAAAGUGGUUAGGAAAAUAUUAGAAUAUGGAGAAAUGAACAGAUUAACACUAGCAAUUAGGUAGAAAGAAUAAACUGAAUAUUAUAUGAUAUGGUUAGAGAGUAAAAAGGGAAAACUGGAAAUAAAAAGAGAUUAAAGAAGAAUAGAAAAUAUGUUAAGAUAAAUGUAUAAAUAAGGUGAUAAUUGUUAGUAUUAUGAAAAUGAGGAUAAUUAUGUGUAAUGUUAUUAUUAUUGUAUUUACACUGGAACACAUGUUAACAGAAAAAUGAAUAGCCUUCUAAUGUUUAACUGUUUAACAUACUAUAGUUUUAAGAUCAGAUAAUUAAUGUUAAUGUGAAUGAUGUUGUAAAUGUUGAAGGUUGUUGCACAGAGAUAUUUGACCCCAGAUGACACACUGUUUAAGGAAAGAUGGAAUGUUUAUAUUCAGAAAAAAUAAAAAAUAAAAAACUUCAGGAAAGAAUAAACUGAAUAUUAUAUGAUAUGGUUAGAGAGUAAAAAGGGAAACUGGAAAUAAAAGGAGAAGAAUAGAAAAUAUGUUAAGAUAGAGGUAAUAAAUAAUGAUAAUUGUUAGUAUUAUGUAUUAGUAUUAUGUAUUAGUAUUAAAAAGGAAAACUGGAACUAAAAAGAGAAGAUUAAAGAAGAAUAGAAAAUAUGUUAAGAUAGAUGUAUAAAUAAGGUGAUAAUUGUUAGUAUUAUGAAAACGAGGAUAAUUAUGUGUAAUGUUAUUAUUAUUGUAUUUACACUAGAAGACAUAUUAACAGAAAAAUGAAUAGGCUUCUAAUGUUUAACUGUUUAACAUACUAUAGUUUUAAGAUCAGAUAAUUAAUGUUAAUGUGAAUGAUGUUGUAAAUGUUGAAGUUUGUUGCAAAGAGAUAUUUGACCCCAGAUGACACACUAUUUAAGGAAAGAUGGAAUAUUUAUAUUCAGAAAAAUAAAAAAUAAAAAACUUUUCAAAAAAAGAAUUUCCCAAAAGACUCUCCAAAAUAGGGCAUUACAGCUGAGGUUGCUAUAUUAUUUACUGCUGAUCAAUGGAUAUGUUUUCUCUAACCAACUAAGAAAUUCUUUGAGCUAAUUAACAUACUUAUCUUUUAUUUUUUCCACAUGAUAAUAGGAUUUUGCUCAAAUCUCUAUGCUGCAGCUGUUAAAGAAGAAUCGGAUUGUAAAAUGUGUUUUUGGUCCCCUUUGCUUUAGGUCUAGUCCAUCUUCUUCUGAUAAAAACAAUGUGCAUAAAUGAUGUGCAGAAUCAAAGAAAAUAGUCUGAAUACUGCUAAAGAAUAGCCAGGUUUCAGACCCUUAGAGGAUGUUAUAAUUUAGGAUCAACAUUCAGGAAACAUAAGAAAUAUCUUCAAAAUAUACUGACUAACAGUCAUGACUAAUAUAUUUUACCUCCAUAUACAAAGGUAUCCCUUUCCUCACUAUCAAUUUUUUGGGAACACUUGGGAAAUGUUACUACAUUCAUGUCCUGGGUGAUGUGCCAUAGAUACCGAAGAAGUCACUAAGGAAACAAGUCAAUGGACUAGAUAAACCUGUCUAGGGAUAUUCUCAGUCAUCCAGGUCAUGAUCCAGAGCUGAAGAAGCUUCCUGGAUGAGAAGUGAAAUGUUUUCAAAGAACAACUAGAUAAACUUGUUAUCCCAGAUAAUGAUGUUUUUCCAUAAAAAGGUGGCUACAAAGUGACAUACA